AUGGCAUUGACACAACAACUUGUUCAAGGGACUUCUUCUCUUUGUACCAAUGAAAUCAUGCAAACGAUUCACUGUUUUUCUCGGCAUGUAACCUCUGUUUCAUUAACGCCCACAACGUGUUCGACGAAAAGCCCCAAAGAACGAACAGUUAAAAAGAACUCUGGGUUAAUAUCUACAAGACAACAAGUAGACCCCAAGAGAGAAUUAUCUCGUAUCCUGAGAACAGACGCUGCUGUUAAGAGCAUAGAGAGGAAAGCCAACUCAGAAAAGUACAACACUUUAUGGCCAAAAGCCGUUCUUGAAGCACUUGAUGACGCCAUCAAAGAGAAUCGAUGGCAAUCUGCACUCAAGAUUUUUAGUCUUCUUAGGAAGCAGCACUGGUACGAACCAAGAUGCAAAACCUACACAAAACUCUUCAAAGUUCUUGGCAACUGCAAACAGCCUGAGCAAGCUAGCUUACUCUUCGAACUAAUGUUAUCCGAAGGAUUAAAACCAACCAUCGACGUCUACACAUCUCUCAUAUCCGUCUACGGCAAAUGCGAGCUUCUAGAAAAAGCCUUCACCACGCUUGAAUACAUGAAAUCAGUUAGUGACUGCACCCCAAACGUCUACACUUUCACCGUUCUCAUCAGCUGCUGCUGUAAACUUGCUCGCUUUGAUCUAGUCAAACGCGUCCUCCUCGAGAUGUCACACCUUGGAGUUAACUGCAGCACGGUUACUUACAAUACUAUUCUUGAUGGGUAUGGAAAGUUAGGCAUGUUUGAGGAGAUGGAAGAUGUUUUAGCUGAUAUGAUUGAGGAUGGAGAUUCUCUUCCAGAUGUUUUCACUUUAAAUUCAAUCAUCGGUUCUUAUGGAAAUGGUGGUGACAUUAGGAAGAUGGAGAGCUGGUAUAACCGGUUCCAGCUUAUGGGAGUGGAGCCAGACAUCACUACUUUUAACAUACUGAUCCUGUCCUUUGGAAAAGCUGGGAUGUAUAAGAAGAUGAGCUCUGUUUUGGAUUACAUGGAGAAGAGAUUCUUCUCCCCGACGGUUGUUACCUACAAUAUAGUGAUAGAGACGUUUGGGAAAGCGGGGAGGAUCGAGAAGAUGGAGGAUGUGUUCAGGAAGAUGAAGUAUCAAGGAGUGAAACCUAACUCAAUCACUUACUGUUCGGUUGUUAACGCGUAUAGCAAAGCUGGUCUUGUGGUUAAGAUAGAUUCUGUUCUGAGGCAGAUAGUGAAUUCAGAUGUGGUGUUGGAUACGGUGUUCUUUAACUGCAUAAUCAAUGCGUAUGGUGAAGCUGGUGAUUUGGCUACGAUGAAGGAGUUGUACAUACAGAUGGAAGAGAGGAAAUGUAAGCCUGAUAAAAUCACUUUUGCUACUAUGGUGAAGACUUAUGCUGCUCAUGGGAUAUUUGAUGCGGUUCGUGAACUCGAGAAGCAGAUGAUUUCCACUUGUGAGAGUUCAGGUAAGAAGAGGCUUAUGGGGUAGAUGUGGUGAUUUGGUUUGUUGAAUCCAGUAAUCUCCUAGUGAAAUGCAGAAGGAACUUGAAAAUUUGUUCAAACUAAGAUGACUCACACGAGCCUGUAACUUAAGUUACUGUAAUCUGCAUGGUCAUGAAGAUCAUUAGAACGGCGUGGUAAUUACUUAUUAGUAUCAACAUUGUGGAUAGUUCUUGGUGUUUGUUAGUAAAUAAGCGACAAGCUUUGUAACUCUGUGUCAUAUGGAAUUAUGGAUUAUGGAAUGUGGUUUAUGUAAGGGCCUCUGAUUCAGUAACUAUUUUUUUGCAAAAAUAUAAUAAAACCACAUAGAAUAUUUAUAUCUAUACUAUUAAAGCAGAUGACUGCUUAUGAAUCUACCCCUGA